UCUUUUGGGGAAUUGGUGCCUUCCAUCUUCUGCGUAGCUUCCUUCCUUCAAAGUCCAAAUAACAAUUCCGUCUAUAAAUUUUUAGAAGCUAAGACUGUGUUUGCUCCAAGAUUUCUUUCCUUCUUCACAUUACUUGGAUCAGAAGCUAAAAAAGUUCAACGUCCAUGGAUCUGGCACCAGAGGAGCUCCAAUUCUGUAGCAUAUCAGACAUUCUCAGAGAAUCGACCUCAAUCCCCAAACGCUCCCCUAAAACCUUUUACCUCAUUACAUUAACCCUAGUCUUCCCUCUCUCCUUCGCAAUCUUAGCCCACUCGCUCUUCACCCACCCACUUUUAGCUCAACUCGACGAGUCGGACCCGGAUCACAACGCGACCAGGACUCCGCAUCCAUGGACCCUGCUCCUGGUCAUCCAGUUCUGCUACCUCAUCUUCCUAUUCGCUUUCUCUCUCCUCUCCACCGCGGCGGUCGUGUUCACCGCCGCUUCGCUCUAUACUUCGAAGUAUGUGUCCUUCUCUAACACGCUAUCGGCUAUUCCCAAAGUGUUCAAACGAUUGUUUUUGACCUACUUGUGGGUGGCGCUCUUGAUGUUGGUUUACAAUUCUGUUUUCUUUGCGUUCGUGGUCAUUUUGGUGAUCGCGAUUGAUUCUCAAAAUACCUUUUUGGUGUUCUUCUCUCUGCUGGUGAUUUUCGUUCUCUUUUUGGUGGUUCAUGUGUAUAUUACGGCUUUGUGGCAUUUGGCGAGUGUGGUGUCUGUUCUGGAACCGGUUUAUGGGUUUGCGGCGAUGAAGAAGAGCUAUGAGUUGCUGAAGGGAAAGACUCGUAUGGCGGUAGUGCUUGUUUUUCUGUAUCUGGGGAUUUGUGCGAUGAUUGGGGGUGUCUUUGGGACGGUGGUGGUUCAUGGUGGAGCCAGAUUUGGGGUUUUUGCGAGGAUUGUGGUUGGUGGGUUUUUGGUAGGGUUGUUGGUGAUUGUCAAUCUGGUGGGACUGUUGGUGCAGAGUGUGUUUUACUAUGUUUGCAAGAGCUACCACCAUCAGGGGAUAGAUAAAAGUGCUUUGCAUGAUCAUCUUGGUGGCUAUCUAGGAGAGUAUGUGCCUUUAAAGAGCAGCAUUCAAAUGGAGAACUUGGAUGCUUGACAAGAGAUGGAGAUUGGCAUUGCUUUAUGUAAGUUUUCAUGUAUGAAUUCCUGGCAGUGGUAUUAUUUUUGUAAUUUGUGUAUCUUUAACUUGUGAUGGUUGUUCUAAAUGGUAUAAAGCUGUCACUUAGUGAUAUAGACCAUGUUACUAGUAUAUGGAAAUUGACUGUUAUUUACUUACAAUGUGAUGAAUGACAUUAUUAUAAUUGCCCUUUCUGAUGGCUGUUUUAUGUU